AUGUCCACUUCCAACAACCCUCCAGCCCCGGCGCCCUAUAGCUUCGAUGCUGCGCGCGCCUCGUCGCUGAACGCUGCCAGCUCCCCGAACCCCUAUGGCCCGUCUCACGAACCUCCACCUCCACCAUCCUUCGCGCGGCCCCAAAUGCCUCCUCCAUCGUCCCCCACACAGCAGCAUCUCCAUGCAUCCCAGUCGCAGCGUCCACAAUACACCUCCAACUUUGGCGCCAACAGAGAGCUUCCUGGCCUAGGUCAGGCGUUGCGACCGGGAAGCAGCAUGUCCAUCUCAUCUCUUAUCGGCGGCGGCGGUGACACAGGUGCGCUCAACCAAACAGCGCAAUCACAGCCCUCGCCUCCCACCAACGCCCCAGUACCCAACGGCCACAGCAUGCAGCCACCUUCGCCUCGACGUGGCCUGCCCGCUAGUUCACGGUCGGAUUUCCCUCUGUUUCGCCGUCAACCCACCCCAGAACGCAACAUGUACGCCAGCAAUACCUCGCGGCCAUCUGAAGGUCAUGCCUUCUCGGCCGGCUCACCCAGACAGUCCUACAGCAACCAUGGCUCGCCUGAUCCGGGCCGCCAGUCGCUGCCACCAACGACGCAAUCCUACAAGCCCAUGAACUUCGCCGGCCACCGCCCCUACGCGCAAGAUACAGGUCGACAGCCUGCCGCGAAUGUCCCACCCCGACCGAAUAGCCAACCGAUGGGCCCUCUGGCAAACACCGAACAAGAGGGCAGAUCUUCGUACGACGGGUUUCCAGGCCGGCGCAGCGUCUACGGGCCAAACGAGGAGCGGCGGCGCACACUGGGGGAGUCGCACCACGCAAGGCCCAAUGCUGCAGAACUCUUAGCAGGCACCAACCACAAUGCUUCUGAGAGGGAUCGGCCCGUGACUGUUCACCCUGUGUCGCAGUCUGGCUUCAGUCCACCGCAGGCGCAGCGCAACAUCUCUGGCUCAUCCGAACCUCCACGCAGUCUGUGGCGCCAAUCAGCGCCCACCGGUGCUGUCCAUGAACCACCUCAUGACAGUCGCGCAGAGGAACCUCCGCCGAUGCAUCGCACCUAUGGCCCGUACCCCCCAUCCAUGCUGGGCGCUCCCCGAUAUGGCGCCCAAAGUUCAGAGGAUAUGUUGCGACGCAGUGUAGACCAGUUGGGCCAUCGCGUAGUCGAGCAGUACCACGCUCCUCCUACCUCCGACCCCAACUCCCUAGAGCGACAGAGGACCGAGCCACUCGCACGCUCUCUAUCCUCCAGCGGAAGAUCGCUCUAUGAUCAGCCUUCCAGGAUGGGUGAGGCCAUGCAACACUCGAAAUCGCACAUUGGCUUUGGUUUGGAGGCGAGCAGACGAACGGGCAGAGCGUCUCCGCUUCCACAGGCUGUUCAAGGUGCCUCGGCGCAGCCCUUCUCCGUUGGCAAAGAUCCUGGAAUCAAGAGCGAAUUCGGGCGCAUGUUCUCCGGUCUCGGCAGCGGGCUGGGAUCGACGACCCCAUCGCGGGGAAGUCCCAUGCCACAGAACGGCCAGGGCUCAUUUGAAUCGGACAACGGCGAAAUGAUGAGAAGAAUCGGUUCCCAGCAAGGAAGGAAGCCGAAGCGAGUCAAGGAUGAGGAGGGAAUCUUCGACAUCGAGACUACUGAUGGUAGAGGAACACCCGUAACAAAGAUCCUGACCAAGGUCCAUGACGUACAGCCUGUUCUUGACGACGCUGCGAAACGCCCUCGCAAACAUCUUGGAUCACAGCUGUACGAUGCAAAGACAGAACUGCCCAAGCCCAACUCAUCGUUAGAUGACCAGUUCGGAUACGCCUCGAAACCUCAACGGCUGCCUCGUUUCGACGUCAAUCCCAUCAAUUGCACUUUUACUAUCAGAGUGCCGCGUUACUACCUGAAGCCACGACAACGCCAGCACGUCGUGUUAGAGAGGCAUCUUUGGGGUGCGCGCGUGUAUCGCGACGAUUCAGAUCCUAUUGCUGCUGCGAUCCACUCUGGAUGGAUCCGUGGUGAAUGGGAUGAUACUGUCGACGUCACCAUGCUCGACCCACGCAUCACUGCGCCCAACGACCCAGCCGAUGCUGCUGACGUUCUAACGAAGGUGCCAGCGGCCCCUGUGACACCACCCGCCGAUAUGGACUUGCAGAUUGAGAUACUCAUCUUGCCACAACUUCAGGAGUACACUGGUUCCGUCGAAUAUGGCAUCUCAAGCAGGAAGAGCAAGGCUCAUGAGGGUCUCAGCUUCAUGAUCAAUAAGAUUCGAUGGGUUGAGGAAGGCAUCGGCAGCCGAGGACAAGAACGAACAGCAGCGGCAUUGAAGCGACGAUUGGAUGCCAGCGCGACUCUGCUUGCUUUGCAAAGGGGAAUCGACAACACGCACAGGGUCAAUGGCAUGACCAAACUACAUGCUUGA